AUGGUUGCGUCUAAAAAUAAAAAUAAAGUACUAUGCUCAACACCUGAACAUCGAAUUGAGUCACCAUCAAGGGAUAGUGAUUCAUUAUGUGAUUCUGAUGCUGCUAGCCCUGUUCCAUUUUUGUGUACACAAGAUGGUACUGAAGGUGAAACUGAUGUGAUAUGGAACCAUUACACUCCAAAGUCUGGCAAUGCAAAGACACAAUCCAAGAAUACAACACCACUUAGUAGGAGAUCCAAAAAAUCAAUUAGACCAAAAAUAUUAGAAAAACCAAUACCAAAACGUAAAACAGUUAAACCUUCUCAAAAAAGAAAUGAGCUUUUACAAGAUCUUUUUGAAUUAAAUCAGCAUUUACAAGAAUUUAUUAGCAAUAAAACUACAAAAAGCACUAUAGUAGAUAAACAUGAUAUUGAGGAUGAUAUAUUUAAUGAUUCGCAAGAAUACUCUCCAAAAUGUGGUGUAAGAAACAAUACUUGUUUAAGAAAAAAUGUUUUAAGUUCAAAAUUUACUAAGCCCGAGCCAGAGAAUGGUAUAGAAUCAGAUGAUUCCAUGAAUGAAUGCCUUUUGAGAGCCAGUCAAAUGGUAGAAGAGAAUAUAUUUAAGUUUGAUGCACCUAAGAAAAGACCAAUCAAUGAUGUACCCAAUAACUAUAAUCUAAGCAAAAACCCAUCUAUAAACCUCAAAAUGGACCAUGAUUCUAUGGAUGCUAUACUUAACAGUAUUAAAUUAGAUUCACCUUGUGCAAAAAGGCUGAAAAAAUGUGAUUCACCUCAACUUAAUAAUGACUCAUUUGAUAGUUUUGUUGGAAAUUUAAAUGACAGUGUAUUAGAAAGACUUACGCAGAUGCCUUCAAAAAUCCAAACACCCAUUAGGACGACUGAAAUGAAGACUGAAAAGUCAACAGAGUUAUGUUUAGAGAGCCCUUUUAUGAAAUCACUAUUUAGCCGUCAUAAUUCUAUGCCAGAAUCUCCUUCAAUUACUGACCUAAAUAAACCUUCAACUAGUGGAAUGGUUUUUGGACGAUACAAUUCAAUGCCAAUUGAUAAAAAUGACCAAAAAGAGCCAGGGGAUUCUCCAAUAAGAUGUACACCAGAGGAAAUUAAAAAGAAGCAUCAGUUAGCAAGAGAGAAGUUGUUAGCAAAAAGGCAAUUGCCCUUUACAACAUCACAAACUCAAAGUUUAUCAACUCAAAGUGUACCAGAACAAUCAACUGUAUCCAAAAAGCUUAAAUUUCAGCCCAAAGUACCAAGUACUAAUGCAUUUAAAACAAACAUAAAUAAAUUGUCCGACUCAAAUUUUGAAAUACCACCUAACGAACUAAAUACAAAUAUUAAUACUGUAAAUUUAAAAUCUCUUAUUGAGAAAAAGAGACAGGAAGCAUUAAUGAAAUUAAGGCUACGUAAGCAGGCUAAGGCUAAAACAUAA